CCUUCGGUAGAUAGAUAAAGAAAUUAAAAUCCAAAUAAAAAAGUGAAUUUCUUGAGUGGAGAGCUUAUACCAAGUGAGAAGAGAGAAACACCGAACAUGGCUUCCAAAUCUUCAACCUCGCCAGCAUUUCUCUUUUCAAUGAUUUUGGCUCUUGUGGUUGGCAUCAACGGCGGAGGAAUUGCUAUCUAUUGGGGUCAGAACGGCAACGAAGGCACUUUAGCCGAAGCUUGUGCCUCUGGAAAUUACAAGUUUGUGAACCUAGCUUUCCUUAAUGUCUUCGGCAACGGCCAGACUCCUAUGAUCAACGUCGCUGGCCACUGCGAUCCUUCCAGCGGAGGAUGCACCGGCUUGAGCUCUGAGAUCAAGUCUUGCCAAGCUAGGGGAGUCAAGGUGAUGCUCUCGAUCGGAGGAGGUGUGGGGUUACUAUCUCCUUCCGCCGAGGAUGCUAGAUACGUCGCAACUUAUCUGUGGGACAACUUCCUGGGAGGCCAGUCCUCAUCUCGACCGCUUGGGGAUGCAGUGCUCGACGGCAUUGAUUUCGUCAUCGCAACAGGCACGAAUCAACACUGGGAUGAUCUGGCUAGGUACUUGUCUGCAUAUAGCAUCAGUGGAAAGAAGGUGUACUUGGCCGCAGCCCCUCAAUGUCCUUAUCCGGAUGCUUGGGUUGGAGGUGCCCUUCAAACAGGCUUAUACGACUACGUCUGGGUCCAAUUUUACGGCAAUCCUCCAUGCGAAUACAGUUCUGGGAACAUGGGUAAUCUCGAAGAUGCAUGGAAUCAAUGGACUUCGAUUCCCGCUGGAGAAAUCUUCUUGGGAUUGCCCGCGUCUGCGGAUGCUAGUAGUGGUUUUAUUCCUGCAUCGAAUCUUACUUCCAUAGUACUGCCCACCAUUAAAGGAUCUGCCAAAUAUGGGGGUGUGAUGUUGUGGUCCAGAUAUUAUGAUGGUCAAACUAGAUAUAGCUCUACCAUCAAGGGAUCUGUCUGAAGGUGAAUUUUACCUUUAGUACUACCAAUUCAAUAUAUUUGCAUCAGAUCCCCUUUCUUUGGAAUUUUUUUAAGCGGAAAACACUGUACACAUUUAACAACAGGAAACCUUACCAAGGAAAACAAGUCUCUUAUCGCACCCUACAUGUACCAUAGAAAUUGAGAAAUGAAAGGGCAAGGCUGAGUUGAAUGAUUGCUCACCCCAAGGCACCAGCGUCCAAUGGAAAAUUUAGCAGCACUUUUCAGUCUCUGCAACAAUCAAUAUAACAUGUUUCGAACAGGUCCUGCUCUAUCUAAUAUGGCUAUCAAUACCACCACCAUGAAGUUCCCGAUUAAAACGACUGCAAAUGCAGAGCUGAAAUGUGCAAAGUAAAGCCAUCAUUUGUUAUUCCGUAGCUACAAAUUACCAACUAUUUCUUGGGUGGGGAAUUGAAAACCGAAACUCUGUUCAUGAAACCCCAGAAACAAUCAAGGAGCAACAUCGAAAGAUUCCAGAGAAUGGGGGAGAAAAAUGAGGCAAUGGCUCGUGGUCCAGAGGUGAAGCAGUGCCUUCAAUAGAAUGCAGAGUAUCAUCACCUCUUCGACUUUGGAGAAGCAAAACAUGCAGUGGAUUGGGUGAGCCGGCAAACGGCUUAUGC